AUCGAUAGUAUAAUUUAUAUACAUUUUGGUAAUAAUUGAAUAUCAAGAUGAUCCAUCUUCCUGAAUGAAAUAGUACAAUAUAGUCACUGGUUUUCUCACAGUUAACACUUUAAUAAUGUAGAAAAACAAAUAUGACGUGCAUUCAUUACAAAUCUAUUGAUUUUUUUAUAUGGAACAACUAAUAAUCUUUAUGUAAGAUAACUAAUAGAUUAUUAUUGACUACCAAACACGGUAAAGCAGGAUUUCUUUAUGUUCUGCCGCAAAAAUCGCAUGGUGUGCUGUCGAUAAAACAGUUUAGUGUGUACUGUGUACAUGUCGCUUAUUGAAGGUUAGUCAAUUUAACACAGUGCUAAUGUGUGUAAAUAUUGUAGCAUAAUUGUAAAGAAUGCAAUCAUAAUAGUACCAACACCAUUUAAACAGGGAUACAUAUAACAAGUGAUAUUAGUUUGAAUUACUGAGAAUAAAAUUAUCAUAAUGUUUCUACUUAUUACAACGUGAAGGUAAAUUUUGGCCCAGCUAAAAUGGCGCCUGGCUGUGGGCGGGGCAUUUGUUGCCACCUGCCAAGAAAGAGGCUCCUAGUAUGCAUGCUUCUGUUGCUUGCUGGGACUCUUUGUACCAUCGGCAUUGUUACAUCUGGAUAUUCCGGGAUACCUCACGAGUUCCAGGUUCAAACUCAAAUAGCUGAAAUGCAAACACAUCUUAAAUUUUUGGAAUCCUUAUACAGGGCACGACAGGAGGAUAUAAUUAAUUUGGAGCACAAAAUUGGAACCACUUCCAUCAAUGUUUCACAGCGUCCAACUGUUAAUGAUAACCAAAAUACAAUAAACCCGGACGUUACAACUCUGCUUAACAGCUCGGACACCAUGGUUUCGCUAGCGUUGCGCACGAAAGAACUCGCCACGAUGAAGACUGUUUUCGUUUUCCAACUUCUGCCUUAUCUGAUGAACGAUCCUGCUAGUCUACGUCCGGCCUUCCACAUGCAUGGGAACCGUGGCUUCGUCAAGAAUGUUAUAGGAAUACCAACUGUAAAGCGAGACAAGGAGUCAUACCUCAUGAUCACAUUGACGCAUUUAAUCGCCGGCUUGAAUGAUGAAGAUUUCGACGACACCUUGAUUGUAAUCUUUAUGGGCGAGACUGACAUCCAGUUCGUCAUCAAAACUGCUACGGCUAUCCAGGAAAAAUUUCCGCAACACGUCAAAAGUGGUCUCAUCGAGCUACUGUCACCAACUGCGGCAUAUUACCCCGAUUUCGAAACAAUUCCGUUGACACUUGGCGAUUCAGCUAAGCGCGUCAAAUGGAGGACAAAGCAAAAUUUGGACACGCUGUAUCUCAUGGCGUAUGGGCAAGCUCGGGGCACUUAUUAUCUGAUGCUUGAAGAUGAUGUUACCGCGAAGAAAUCGUUCAUGAAGGAUAUAAAACAUUUCACGGCGGUUACAUCUGUCUCGGUGCCUAAUUGGUUUUAUAUAGAAUAUUGUGCUAUUGGUGGCAUUGGGAAGCUGUUCAAAUCUGCUGAACUCGUGCAUUUCAUCACCUACGUGCAGCUCUUUUAUUACAAUAUGCCAAUUGAUUGGCUACUUGAAAGCUACCUGGCUGAUCGCGUGUGCACUAUUGACAAGACAAGUGCUGCAUGUGGAAAGAACAAACUUCUAAUCCGCCCCAAGUACAAGGAGUCUCUCUUUCAACACAUUGGCUUUUACUCUUCUCUGAAAGGAAAGAUUCAAAAAGUCAAGGACCACACAUUCACCGGAGCUUUACCUAACCACUUCCCACACAAAAACCCACCAGCACGCAUAGUGAAAACGGACAUCGAAGUUUACUCAGACCAUUACCUCGGCAAUGCCUACAACGGAGAAAACUUCUUUUGGGGUGUUAAUCCGAAAGCUGGCGCUACACUCGAGUUCUGGUUCGUUAAGCCAACAGACGUUAUUGGAUACACGUUCCGCACCGGCAACGGUCUUCAUCCGACUGACAAAUUGAAGGACGCUGUUGUUGAAAUCUACCCUCACAACAAACGACAGUUUAUAAUGAUUGACUCUUUCGACGAAUUCGGUCUUGCUGAUGGCGUGAUUAAACAUGAAUAUAGCCCCCUCGACGCAAUCCGUAUCCGUGUUAACAAGACUAUGACUCACUGGCUUGUUCUUAGCGAGAUUGACCUGAAGACGACUAACCAGACAGCUGCGGAAUGACGCCAGGGCUAUGCGUACGUCACACGCGUCCCAGUUGUCCACGACAAUAACGCGUACAAGAAAUACGAAAAUCAUCGCAUUCUUCAUGGUUAAAGAUCCAACGACAAAGUCUUGAAAUAUUUUCAGCUGUUUUCAUUUUGUGCUUUUCGAGUUUAGAAAUUUAUUUAUGAUCAAUCGUUUAGUUUUGGUUGCAAUUUGUUUUUUCAAUUAGUUAGAAAUUUUAGCGUAUUUUAUUUCUUUAAAGGCGUAAUUGUGAAAAAUUUAUUAUUUCUGAUAGCUUUUGAAAUUGUUUCUUCGGUCAAUACGUACUUAAUUUAUUUUGUGUCUAUUUUAAAAUUUAUUUCACGUAUUUUUUUUUUAAUUUAUCAGAAUUUCUAAUACAACGACAAGGCGGCAAGUUAACGGCAACGAAUAAUCCAAAGCGGAAAACUUACAUUUUUUUUUGUAUUGCGAUCAUUUCCCAUAUCCGUCAGUAAGAUCCAAAUACGAAAAGUAACUAAUUUUUUUCAUUUUGUUAUUCUUCAUUUGUCAUGGUGUUUGACGUGUCCAAAUAAUUUUUUAUAGUCUUUUGUAAAUAUUGUUUUUGUAUAUUUUGUUUAAUUACUUAAGUUAGUGUUCAAGUUUAAGUUUAAAUAUUUUUUACGUAACAUCAUAAUGCCUCAAAGAAACUAUCAGCAAAACAUUGCUUAAUACUCUCCAUACCAGCGGGAAAAUGCACUUUACAAUUUUUGACAAUCGCAUGAACUUUGCUAGAUAUGAGGUUUCUUUGAGAAGAUCGCCUGAAUUCAUGGCACGCUGAGAGUCGAUAAAUACCGGAGUAGCUGUGUUUACGGUUUUGUCUUUCCGUACAUCCUGAUGCGACACAAGCCUCGAUCCCGUACGAGUACAGUUUAAACUCCAAAUAACGUCACUUGAAAAACCCCGUAAACCAUCGUACGGACACGAUUUUCUUUUGUCGUUUGCGUAACAACUAAAUCGCUACAGUUUUCACUGUACCUAUAUAUUUUACGGAAGACAAAACUUCAUUUAGACUAAGGUAUUAACCAAAGGUAAUUGCAUUUAAGUACCAAUGUUGUAUGUGUUAGUAAAAUAAUAAAAAAUUCACGGUUCACAUCACAUUAUUUUAAAAUAAAAUACUCAUAUUUAAUUUGUAAUUUUCUUACCUUUUAUUUUCCCUCGGAUCGGAUCUUGUAUAUUUUUUGUUUAAUUUUAUAUAAUAUGUCUGCCCUUUAAACCGGUUUCCCUAUUCGGGACGUUGUUUUAAGAUCUGAUCUUCUAUAUUGUAAUGACGGCUGUACUCUCGUAGGGAUUUGGUGAGGUCGGCAGUCUGUGGUAUUUGUAUGAUUAAGACCGUAUACGCAAGUUUGUGUUAUUGUCUUAAAAAUACUGAUUGGUAUAUUUUUAUAAAGAAUUUGUAAAUUCCAUUCUAUGCAAUUUCGUAACAUCAAUAAAAACUGUCAUAAACCCAUACUGACCAGGCUUGAGGGAGGGGGGAGGUGGUGUCAUGAUUAGCUCGUUGCGACCAUGCACAUACUUUAUCAGUCUAUCUAGACACCGUUAGACUUAGUGAAGCAAGACGGGAGCACUUUCUACACGCUCGUGAUGCCUCAGCGAGUGUGUACAGCCGUCAUAAUUUCGCCUAUUUCGUGAACUGUGGGUUACAAAAAAUAGUUGUUGUCAUUCGAUGUUUAAUAUUAAUCUUAGUGUAAGUUUUGAAGUCGAUACCUCAGUCUGCUCAAUUGUCUAAAGACUAUAAAAACCCGGACCAUCGAGUAAAUGUAUUUUUUGGAAUAUUAUUUAAACAUUCAGUGAUAUAAAUUCGAAAAGACUGAAAUUAAUUUUCGCGUAAAAAUGGCUCAAAACGGAAGUAGUUCUAGUUUGAAAAUAUAAUUCAGAUGUAUCGAUUUCAAAAGACAUGCUUAACCAAUUAAAUGACUAGCCAGUGUUGUACAAAUAUAAGGUAGUAAUGUAGGUUGUGUCGACGGACUGAUGUAAGAGACUGACGGUGAAGUAUUUGACUCAGGCCAUGUCGGUUACCAUAUACGGUAACCAUAAUUAAAAACGAACAAUUAAUAUUAAAUUCCGUAGGAGAAAUUUGCGUAUGAAUUUAAAAAACUUUAAUAUUGCUCAUUGAACUUCUAAAUUUAUUACCAAUCCCGUAGGGACAUUUUUCGGUCAAUAUUAUAAUGUAAUUUAGAUUUCUCAUAUAUAAUUAAAUGAGGUCGUAGAAUUAUUUAAAUUUACAGGAAGUGUGUGAUUCGAGAAUCGAAUUUGUAUACACUAGUUAAUCAUUUAAAAUGUAGCCAAAGUUUGUUAGCCGUAAUAUUGUGACUGAUGUAUUGAUGUUCUUAGGAAUAAGCUUCACUUCUGCUUUUCUAUUCCUACAUUCAUGCUUAAAAUUCGGGGAAGAAUAUAGAAUAGGGUUAAAGGCUUAUAUAACAGAAGUCUACACCAACCAGUCAUACAUAACACAAGAAUGCAAUUAUUCCGACAUGCAAGUCGAAAAGAAUACAUUCGACAAAAUCGAUGCCCCAAAGCCAAAGUUAAAGUUAAAUUUAGUAAUAAUGUUCAAACACCCCAAUGUUAUGGCUUUAAGAAAAUGUGUUUUGGUGUUCCAUGGUUCCUUCAAUAUUCAAUACAUAACGAAGUUUUGCUUCACUGGGGAAAAGAUAAGGCUGUCUCUAAAUUUGGCCUUCCUAUCAUUUAAGGGAGCGUUCAUGAAUAACGUAACGGACUGUGGUUCUUGUAAAGCGUUACGAUGCGUUACAGGGGCGGGAAAAAUAGUAAAAAUUUUCACUUGGUGGUAACGUAACGUUUAACUAAGAGUAGGGGGGGCGGUAUAGAACACGUUACAGGGCGUUAUGGGUUGGUUAUACAAAAAUUGCUUACGAUCGCUCCCUAACACCCAGUUCAAUCAAUCGCUAUUACCAGGAAAUUCUGAAUUCAAAACUCUUUUUAUAAUGGCAAAGUUGUUAUUGAUCAUAUUUGCCUAUUAACUUGCAAAUUUAAUUAAUACAUGGUGUUGCCUUUAUACAAAGAUUGGGUAAAUUCAGUUCUUUUCUGGACAAUCGAUCUCAUGAAAACCACGUUAUACAGAUAUUAUUUUCUUUAAUGCCACCCCUGUACGAAUUAACAUAUUUAAACUGCAAUGUGGAAUUGAAAACGGCGUUAAAGAAAAUUAUAUACAUUUCGCACGUAAACCGGGCCAUGUAAUACCUUAACAUAUACUAUGUCUCAAUUCGCCUUCUGCUUAGCUUAUGUGCUGUGGAAACUGAUGAAGUCUUAUUUCUAAAUCUGUACGCAUAUUGCAUCACCUAAUCGCGGUAAGCCGGAGUUUAUAAACUCGUCGAACAACUUUCACAAACCUUAGUCCUGAUCCACAACUUUCCCAAACCUUUUAUAUUAAUUCGGCUCUAUGUUUAUUAAUUUGUGUUAAACAUUCAUAUUUGUUAGACAUAGCACGUUGAUUCAAUAGAUACGUAUUGCGCUCUGAGAAUGAACGCUAGUACAACGACUUAUCACCAAAGACGAUGAUUUGCAUUUAGUUUAGCCAUUUAAGUGCAUUUUGUUAAUUAAAUUACAAUAGUACGUUUUAAGAGAUAUCCUAUACAGUUUUAUUUUUGUAAUCUAGAAUAUUUAUACAUUUUUGAAGACUUUAUGUACCUAUAGUUUGACCUAAGGAAAGUCUAGUUUGUAAUUUAAAAAGACGAUCGAAUCGUUAUACCUAUUAUUUAAGUGUUACUUUGUAAUCUGCCAUGCUACGUUAAGGAUAUUGUAUUCAUAUAAAAUUUAAAUAUCUGCACAAGUAUAUACACCCUGAUAUUAUAUGUUACAUGAAAAUUAAGCUCAAAACAAUGUUGAGACGAACGAUUUCAUUUCAAAAAUACUUGUACGGAUAUUAAUAUGCGCGCGAUAAAUUGUUUCUACAUAACUAUUUUCCAACUAUUCAUCUCCUUCGCUACAAACGCUGUUCCUGUCUAAUCAAAUAAAAAUGUAGUUAAAUGUGUAUCGAUGUUCAACUAUGUA